AUGAGAGCCACUGCCCCAGUGUGACCUGUCUCAAAGGUACAACAAAAUAAAGACCACCUGUCCCACUCCCUCAGACACCUCCCAGUAUGGAUGGCUUGGUUGAGCAGAACAAUGUGGUAAUGCACAAUAAGAUUGCUGAAGCUGGGAAAAGGAAUGGUUUGAUUAAUACACGGAACUUAGUGGCAGAGAGCCGAGACGGUCUGGUCUCUGUGUACCCGACCCCCCAGUACCAGAGCCACCGAGCAGGCAGCCUUUCCUCUCCAAGCUGCCUGAAGAACGGCAGGAAUGACCCUGUGCAGCAGCUUCUGGACCCCAACAUGCUGCAACAGACAGUGGAGUCUCACUACCGGCCCAACAUCAUCCUCUACUCGGAGAACAUGCUGCGCUCCUGGGGCGAGAGCAUUGGCUCGGAGUGCUGUGAAACUACCUUCAUCGAGGACCGCUCUCCCACCAAAGACAGCCUGGAGUACCCGGACAGCAAGUUCAUUGACCUCUCAGUGGACGACAUGAAGAUUCACACCCUCUCCUAUGAUGUAGAGGAAGAGGAGGAUUUCCAGGAGCUGGAGAGUGAUUACUCAAGUGACACCGAAAGUGAAGACAAUUUCCUGAUGAUGCCACCAAGGGAUCAUCUCGGCCUCACUGUGUUCUCCAUGCUCUGCUGCUUCUGGCCAUUGGGAAUUGCUGCCUUUUACCUGUCUCAUGAGGUAAUGCUAAAGCGUCUCCUAAUUCAGAGUUUUGCAUCCAUGGAGUAG